UCCCCGAGCUCCGGAGUCCGCGCGAACCCCACGGCGACGCCCAGCACCUCCGGUGAAGACACGCUGAGCGACUCGGAUGACGAGGAGGAGGAGGAGGAAGAGGGGGAGGAGGAGAUCGACGUGGUCACCGUGGAGAAGCGGCGGUGCCCGUCCAGCAGCAGGGCGGUCACCGCCUUCACCGUCACUGUGCGGCCCCGGAGCGCGGCCCCUGGCGCGCUGAGCCUCAAGCGCUGUGUCCCCAUCCACCAGCAGCACAACUACGCCGCGCCCUCGCCCUGCGUGGAGACUGAGGAGCCGCCGCCCCAGAAGAAGCCCAAGAGCGAGGCGGCGCUGCGGCCCCUGCGGGGCACCGUCCCCGCCAAGCCCAAGAGCGCCAGCCCGCGGAACUCGGACUCGGAGGACAGCGAGCGCCGCCGCAACCACAACAUCCUGGAGCGUCAGCGCCGCAAUGACCUGCGCUCCAGCUUCCUGACGCUCAGGGACCACGUGCCCGAGCUGGUGCGCAACGACAAGGCCGCCAAGGUGGUCAUCCUGAAGAAGGCCACCGAGUACGUGCGCGCCCUGCAGGCCGAGGAGCAGCAGCUGCUGCGCGAGAAGGAGGCGCUGCAGGCCCGGCAGCAGCAACUGCUGAAGAGGGUCGAGCUGGCCAGGACUUGUUAGGCGUCCCUCUGACGGACGCACGCUCACUGCCACGUUUUGCACAUUUGGAACUUUUACUUUUUAAACAUUGUGUUGACAUUAAGAAUGUUGGUUUACUGUCUCCAACUGGCCUCCUUUCCAGUUUGGAUCUGGGUGAGGGCAGGACCUGUGGGGUUCUGCAGUAUGUCCAGGAGCUCUCUCUCCCGGAUGCUAGGUGGCUUUGGAGCCUCCUCUGCUGUUUUUCAUCCCCAUGCAGCUGCGACGUCCUGACCAUCGGGAGCCCCGGUCUGGGGCUGUAACCGUGGUUCCUUCCAAGUUUCGUUCCUUCUUUUUUACAAUGGUGCUUCAACUCCAGCCGCCGGAUGGACGGAUGGACGGACAGACGGACGGACGGACAGGUGCCACCAUCCAAUGCUGUGAUCCAGGCUGGGCGUUGCGCGCCCCGGGACGUUUGUGUAAAUACCAUGGAGGACACCGCCUUUGUCCUGGGUAGCGAGGCGGCUCUGGCGGCCGGAAGUUCCCGCCGAGUACUAAUACCUCAAUGUUUGAGGAGCAUGUUUUGUAUACGAAGCUGUUGUUACUCUCCGUUCCAUGCUGUACUAAUCCCUACACUGCCCGUGUACUUUCGUAUGACGCUGAUAUAUAACUAAAUUUGAUACUUAUAUUUUCGUAUGAAAAUGAGUUGUGAAAGUUUUGAGUAGAUAUUACUUUAUCACUUUUUGAACUAAGAAACUUUUGUAAAGAAAUUUACUAUAUAUAUAUGCCUUUUCCUAGCCUGUUUUUUAUUUUCC